UCUCAUACUCGGCCAGUUGAAUACCAGAUUUCUAUAGCUCCGGCGGCCAUGACUACCGAUUCCCUUUCGAAGCCGGCGAGCAAGCUCCGAUGGGGGGAGCUGGAGGAAGACGACGCCGAGGACCUCGAUUUUCUCCUCCCGCCGAAGCAGACCAUCGGCCCGGACGAGAACGGCAUCAAGAAGGUGAUUGAGUACAAGUUCAGCGACGAGGGCAAUAAGGUUAAGAUCACCACCACGACUCGUGUGCGAAAGCUCGCCAAGGCGCGCCUCAGUAAACGGGCGAUCGAACGCCGCUCCUGGCCCAAGUUCGGCGAUGCUGUUCGUGAGGACGUCGGAAGCAGACUCACCAUGGUUUCCACCGAAGAGAUCUUGCUUGAAAGGCCCCGAGCCCCUGGUUCCAAAGCUGAAGAGGCCAAGGCUGCAGAUGCACUGUCUGCUCUUAAUAAACCAGGUGCUGUUCUGAUGGUUUGUAGGACUUGUGGCAAGAAAGGUGAUCACUGGACAUCUAAGUGCCCUUACAAGGAUCUUGCCGUACAGACUGACACUUUUGUUGACAAACCACCAAUGUCCGAUGCUAGCAUGCCUCCUGGUGCAACUAAAGGAGCUUAUGUUCCUCCUAGCAUGAGGUCGGGCGCUGAGAGACCUGCUGGAACAGACAUGAGACGCAGGAAUGAUGAGAACUCGGUCCGUGUGACCAACUUAUCAGAGGAUACCCGAGAACCUGACUUGAUGGAGCUUUUCAGACCUUUUGGUGCUGUGACUCGAGUCUAUGUUGCUAUUGAUCAGAAGACUGGAGUGAGCAGAGGUUUUGGAUUUGUCAAUUUUGUAAACAAAGAAGAUGCUCAGAGGGCAAUCAACAAACUGAAUGGCUAUGGGUAUGAUAAUCUUAUUCUUCGAGUUGAGUGGGCCACCCCUAGAUCAAACUAGGGCAAUUUCUACAGGAAAAUUUCCAGUGCUUGAAGUUUUGGUUCAAAGGACAACAGAAUUUGCUGUGUUAAUUUUCUUCAAUCUUCAGUAGUUUAUGUUGUUUGUACUUUUCUGGGCUUGCGGAUAAGUUGUAUUCAUGACCCCAGCUAAAGAUUUUAUGCUUAUAAAUUUUUCAUUAAUGCUAUUAUUCUACAUGUCAAUUGAUUUAGAG